UAAGCCAAUUGAGCAUCCAAUCAGUCCAAUGGUCCUUGCAUUUUCGAACACGCUAGACGCGGCCUAGAAAUGCAGGUCUAGCUUUUACUUUUUUUUCUCACUCCUUGGAAGGCGAAUUUUCCAAUUGUGUUAUCGGUGUAGCUACUUGUACACGGUUUGAGCGUGUCGCUAGCGAACAGUCUCCAGAAAAUUACACUUCCAGCCGAACGAAAGAUGGCGAGUGCAGUUGUGCUGCAAAGCAAGGCAUCGUUGGAAGACGCAGAUGCAACGCUUGAUGACUGCGUCCCCGUCUUUCUCACUGGUAACGAACCCAUAACGUGUGCCUCCAUCGCGUGCCAAAAUCAGCAUGGAUCGAAUCUUCAUUUCUACAGAUUUCCUAAGCAGCCGGGGCGUUGCAAGGAAUGGGCAGAGAAUUGCGGCAACGGCUCGCUACUUGGUAAAUCGACUGCUGAGCUGAACCAAAACCACUAUUUGUGUAGUCUACACUUUGAUUCGUCCCAGUUCCAACAAGGCGAUGACUCCAGCCAUUUAGUUCCAGAUGCAGUGCCUACAUUGUUCACCAUAAGAGCCGGUGCGCAACACUUGGAGAUGGACCAUGAUUACUCGGCUCUGGCGGCGCCAGAUGAAACACCACGACCACCCGGGUUGCAGGGAGUCACCAAGCCGAUGAUAGUGAGAGUCGCAGCACCUCAAGGUAUUUCGAUCCUCAGAGCGCCAGCGGUGGACAAGCCACUUGCGCAAGCUAUGUCGAGCUCGACGCUCGAUGAAUCGGAGAGUUCGGCCAAUAGUGACUCGGCGCUUUCAAAACCGGUAGCCGCAAUGAAACUCUCACCUUCGCCGAAACCAACUAUCAGCUUGCAGCAACUGAAGGCCCUGACCGCCAUACCACAGCAAAAAGCUUCUAGCGUGCCACAGCAAAAAGCUCCUAGCGUGCCGCAGCAAAAAGCUCCUAGUGUGCCACAGCAAAAAGCUCCCACCGUGCUGCAGCAAGAAGUUCCGACCGUGCCCCAGCAAAAAGCACCUGUUGCUGUGCCAGCACCACAGCGAAAGUCGCUGCUAACCAAAAGAAGGCUUGCUCCUACUCCGAAAGAAAGUCCGCUUCAAAAGUACAUGCUCCUUUGCGCCGAGCUAAAGGGUGAUCUUAAGUUCGUCCAGAAGCAAAAGGAAGGCCUGGAGACAAUGUUUACUGGCCUUCAAGACGUGCUGAUACAAGAGGCAAAAACGCUGCGGAUGGAAGACAUUGUAUUAAUCACGGGAGCUCUGGUCAAGUUCCAACAGGAGAGGUACCGUCGUGAGCCCAUCAGCUCGGCCGAGAAGAGUCUCUCCGCACUUUGGCUGAAGCACACCCAGAAAGGAGACCCCAGCAAGGCCAUGAAGCGCCCAGUCAUUGAGAUUGCCGUGUUUGUUUUUGACCACACGCUACCUGGUCAGAUCAUACUGGGCAGGCGGAAACAGCUAUUAGGAGGAGGCCUUUACCAGGUACCCUGUAGUGAGGUGGAAUUCGGAGAGACCUGGGAGGAAGCGGCGUACCGUGAGGUGCUUGAGAGCACCACCAUCCAUAUUCGCGACAUUGCCAUCUGCUCUAUUGUGGAUACAGUUGAGCCCCAGGCGGACUACCACAGCGUGACCGUGUUUAUGCGGGGUGUGGCAGACACCACGCAAACAGCACUGCCAACGGCAAUGCAGCCUGACCGCUGUGAUUCAUGGCACUGGAGACCCUGGGACUCUCUUCCACCACCUAGUGACCUCUAUUGGCCCCUGAGGGACUACCGACUGGAGGGUCUUCAGCCCUUUCCGUAACAUCAGGGACGACAUUGCUCCUGGCAGUGGUUGAAGUGUUGUAAUAGUGCCUACGGUUGUUUUGUCUUCCCGGGUCCCUGAUUGAAAAGCCUAGAAUGAAGACUGUUAUUCUGAGUCAUUGUUGCUGGUAACUUUGAUAAUGCAAGAUUGUAAUGUGUUGUUUUACUUAUGAAGUUAUCUGCUUUUGCUUUGCACUUUGUUGUUUAAAUAGAAAAAGUACAUGGAUCUGCCUGUUUUAACUCGCUGUAGUUCAGCACAGUGAAAACCCAAAAUCAGGAAGCAAAACGUUGGGAUAAAAAUAUAGAAAGGUCGCACACUCAGCUGCAGAGCUUAUUGUCCACUUAUGGUGUCUUUAUAAACAAACUUCCCCAUUAAACUUGAGUAUCGCUUCCCCCUGCUUCCUGUCAGUGGGUCGCAGCACAUUCCAACACUAUUACCACAUGUCAUCACUAAAGACCUUGGAAAUGAGUCCCAAGCCUCGAAUCCCAUCAGCACCACAUAACUCGUUGGCAAACACAUAAUCCCAAAGACUCAUUUCACACCACAGUCUCCCACUUUCCAAGCCAGGCAGUACUUCCCUGAAAGGGAUAAAAAGCCUAAAGCCACAAAGGAAAUUGAACAUUCAUUCUAUUCACUCCAUACAAAACAAAACAAAAAAGUGAACAGCUAAGGAGGGGAGAUGUUUUAAACAAGACCCAAUUAUUCAUUUGCACACUUCACGAGGACACGCCCAGAAAUUGCAGAGUGAGGCAAAAAAUGUGGGACGCUGAUCACCUACAAAACGUUAGGAGUAGACAUUAAACAAUGCAGGCGAGUGCGAGGCCUAUCUGCAUUUUGUUAGAAUUUCUUAUUCCCUGGUCUCGUAUUUUCAGAAUGUUAAACUUCACAAACUUGCACAUCUUUAUAGUGUUACUUGUUCCCCUGUGGUUAUGGUAAUGAAGAGUGCCUGACAUUUUUCA